AUUCUUGUGGACACUGAUUUAGCUUGAAAAGUAUUCCUCUUUGCUUUUGCUGUGGUAAAAUUACAGUCAUUGUACAGCGCUUAAGCCACAUUUAAUACCACAGAGGGCCACGAGUAGCUCUAUAGCAAACAAUUGCCUCUCACAAAUGAAGGGCUCUGCACUGAAAACAGAGACCAGCCAAUUCCUUGUAGGUUCUCUUGUACCGUAACAAGAUAAUUGUGUUGUUUACCUUGUGAUUGUUGAGUCAGAGGAUAAAAUUAUUCUUGCUUACUCUCCAAAGCUAUAAAAUCAUUUUUCUCAGUAUUCUAAACCACUGUGCAGUAUACAGGCUUAUGGACUUCAGUUAAAGGAUAUAGCCAGUGUAUUUCCAAUACACAAUAGGUGCUCUGAUUAUUUUUCAAUGACACCUUGACCACACCAAGAUGAUGCAUUAUGUAUGACUGGCAGUAAAGUGCCCAUGUGAAUGACGGUAAAGGAAUCUGUAUUUCAGUGUGGCUCAGUGAUUUGUAUUCAGUACUUGAUCUACAACAGUGUCCCACCUUAUCCGGUACACUGCUGUUUAGUUACCAUAGAUACAGCUUUUUUACUACACACUAUCAAAUUAUAAAUGUCAGCACACCUUUCAUGGAGAUCAAUCAUCAGUGGGCGUUCAUGGACAAAGUCUAAACAAGAGGGAUAAAGGUAAAAAUGUGAUAGAUAACAGAGGAGUGGCUCAUGAAAUAUUGCCUUUCAGGGUCAUAUAUAAGUCCCUGAACUCCACCUUCAAGUUCCACUCUCAGCCGUCAACCUCCUCUGCGCCAGGACGUCCUGCUUCUUCCUCUGAUUGAGCAGCACACUUCUGUCGACAAUGGACCCCCUGAUUAAACGCCAAAGCUCUCAAAAUUUGAGUUUUUCUUCAUCAACAGGUAUCCUUCCUGGACCUCUGCACAUGAACAGGUCCUAUGCACAUAGCGUCACCGGAGGGGCAGGCGGCCAUGGAAUUAGGGUCUCCACCGCCUCAAGGGUUGGCAGCGGCUUCGGCGGUGGGUAUGACUACCAGUCCUCUGCGUCCACCUCUGGGACCCUGGCCAUCGGGAAUGAGAAGAUUGCCAUGCAGCACCUCAAUGAUCGCCUGGCCAGCUACCUGGAGACGGUGAGGAAUCUGGAGAAGGCCAACCGUCAGCUGGAGAUCAAGAUCAGAGAGACCAUCGAGAAGAGAGGCCCCAUGGAGGGGAGGGACUACAGCAAAUUCUACGUCACCAUUGCCGAGCUGAGGGGCAAGAUUUUUGACAUGAUCAAGGGCAACGCCCAUCUUGCUAUCUCUCUUGACAAUGCACGCCUGGCUUCAGACGACUUCAGGGUCAAGAUGGAGUAUGAGUUGUCCAUGCGGCAGACAGUGGAGGCUGAUGUUUCCAGACUAAGGAAGCUUCUCGAUGACACCAACGUAAUGCGUCUGCACCUGGAGGGCGACAUCGAGUCUCUUCGGGAAGAGUUGAUCAACCUGAAGAAGAACCAUGAGACAGAUGUUGCAGAAUUGCGUGCCCAGAUCGCUCAGGUUGGCGUCCAUGUGGAUGUCGAUGCUCCUAAAGGUCAGGACCUGGCCAAGAUUAUGGCGGAGAUGAGAGCUAAGUAUGAGAGUAUAGCACAGAAGAACCAGGAGGAGCUCAAAGCAUGGCACGACUCUCAGAUUACAGAGGUGCAGGUCCAAGUGACAGAGAGCUCAACAGCUUUGAAGGAGGCCACAAGUCAAAUGACCGAAAUUAGGCGGCGAUGUCAGGCUCUGGAAAUUGAACUGCAGUCUGAACUUAGUCUGAAAGCGACCCUGGAGGCCACCCUGCAUGACAUCGAAAUGCGCUACAACAUGGAGGUGGAGAAGUAUAAUGCAAUCAUUGUAAGGCUGCAGGAGGAGCUGACUCAGAUCCGCACCGACAUCCAGCAAAACUCAAGAGAGUACGAACACCUGCUCAACAUCAAGGUGAAACUGGAGGCUGAGAUCGCCGAGUACAGGAGGCUGCUGGAUGGUGACUUCAAAUUGGAAGACGCAGUUGAUCCGAAGACAAUCCAGACCAAAGUGGUGACCGUCACUCAGACGUUGGUGGAUGGCAAAGUAGUGUCAGAGAGCAAGGAUGUCAAAUCCAGUGAACAGGUUGCCAUGUAACUACAUUUCCAUGAAUCUCUGUCUUUAUGUCUCUGUAUGUAUUAUUUGGACAUUUUAACAACCAUACAUCCCAUCUACAACAAACGUGCAUUGCA